CUGGCACCGGGCCCGCCCAGCACCGGACCGGCACCGGCACCGGUAUCGGCCCCGGCCCAUGGCGGCUCCGGCAGCGGCCGCCACCGCAGGCAGCCGGUGAGCGCAGGCCGCAGCGGGCGGUGUGGCUGGUGACACUGCUGGUGACACGGCCGGUGGCACGGCGGGACCAUGCAGGCGGAGGCCAGAGGGGAAUUCUGCAGCCGGGAGCAGCGCCCUGAGCUUGGCAAGGAGCCGCUGGUCCCGGAGCGCCCUGCAGGGACCCCCACCCACGGGCCGGCCCAGGAGACCCCCCGAGUCCCCGCGGAGGAGCAGGGUGGCAUCCCCAUCCCCAGCGCCGGCCUGCUGCAGGUCACGGAGCGCCGACAGCCCCUGAGCAGCGUGUCCUCGCUGGAGGUGCACUUCGACCUGCUGGACCUGACGGAGUUGACGGAUAUGUCCGACCAGGAGCUGGCCGAGGUCUUCGCCGACUCCGACGAGGAGAACGCGGCCGGAGAGACGCCCGGCGGUGAGCGGGGGUCCGGGGCCGCCGGUCCCGGUGUGUCCGCCCGUCCCGGUGCGCCGCUGACCGCGCACCCGCCCGUGCGUCCCGCAGGGCUGCAGCCGCCGGCGGCGCCGCGGGCCGGGUACCUGCGCUCGCCCUCCUGGACCCGCGCGCGGGAGCAGGGCCGGGACAAGAAGCACCUGAGUGACCCCGAGCUGCCGCCGGGACCCCCGGACGCCUUCCUGCCCGCCGAGCGCCCGCGGGAGCCGUAGGGACAAAACCCGCCGGGGAACACCGGGACACGCCGGUGCUGGUCCCGUCGGUACUGAUGGAGCCCGUCCCCGGGCGCAGGACUCCCGUUAGCCCGCCCGGAGGGCAGAGGCGGCCCCAGCCCCGCGGCGGGGAUGUACCGGGGCUGCCCUCAGCCGGUGGCCCGCGGCCCCGGGGGGAAACCGGGCCGGUCCCCGGGAAUGGCAUGGCCUUGGUUGCCGGGAGCGGCGGGCGGGGCAGGACGGGACGGGUCGCACCGCCCAGCGCGGCCCGACGGAACGCGGCCGGUGCCGGUGCCCGCCCGGUUCUGAUGUAGCAGUGCUGUGAUCCGGUAAAACCGACCGACCGACCGACCGAC